UGGAAAUUUUAGGCAAAUGUCACAAUAUCAAGAGCUAAUUUUAGAGAAGCCGAAGAUAGCUCCCAGCUUUAUUGUGAUAGAGAAGCCGAAGAUAGAAAGAGAGAUGCAUCUAUGGCCAUCUUUGAGAUUAAGGGAUUCUUUCAAAUUGGGUUACUUGAAGAAUCUUGAAUGGAAUCUCCAUAGAAUGAACAGUCAGAAGCAACGUGACAACGAUCAGAAGCUUUUGGAUGAGCCAACCAGCAGUUCUAAUAACGGUGGACGAGAAAAAUUUGAGCUGUUUUGUAGAGAAUUCCUCAUGAUCCUUUCUUGCUGCUACUGUUGUUUCUGCUGUGGAGAAGUUUCUACGUGCAUUUAUCUCUCUUUCUCGAGUGUUUCACUUAUUGAGAUCAGUUCCUCUCAAUUGGAUGGAAUUCCUGCUUUUAGCAUCUGUGGCAGAAAUCUACUUUUCUUGUUCAAGAUAAAUGAUUUUAUCAGAGGGAGUAUCUGGUUUUCUGAACUUUUAGAUAACAACGGAGGGCCAUUUGUGUUUAGCUUUUCAGGGUGGAAUUCCUGAAAUGACUUAAUCUUAAUCUCUUCCUAUCUCUGCCUUUUUGUCAGUUUUAUCAUCUUACGAAAUGAUAUUUUAUACUUUAUGCUGUAAACGUUUGUAUAAUAAAAUAUCAAACAAUUUAUAUGAGCUAAGACAUAUCUUGAAUCGUAAAUCUUAUAACUGUUUUCUGCCUAUUAUAGUAGCAUUUUUCUUUGUUUUUAUCAUUCUUACCUUAAAAGCAAUUAUUUCCCAUAUGCAUAUGAAUAUUGUGCUGCUGCAUUUGUGACUAUAUUUCUUGUUGACGAGUCUUUGUUAUCUGAUAACU